AUGGGCCUGAGCUGCACGUUCCAGCUUCUUUGCAGCGUGAAGAUGUUCAGCUUAGGCCAGGAGCAGGAACCCCUGCCCAGUUUGGGUCCUGAGGGGACCUUUGCUAGAGGAAAGCUGCUGGCAACGGGAGACAUCGCAGCGAACGGGAGCUGCGGGCACCGCAAGGGGCUCGUGGGGCUCAGGUUGGGGCGGCCUUGCCGCCGCUUGGCGGACUUUGCUCUGCGCCAGCGCUGGGAGGAGCGCGGCGUGGCCGGUCGCCUCUCCUCGGACGGUGCUCCCCAGGCUCCCGAGCGGACGUUCAUCCGGGCCAGCCUGCCCAUCAAACCCAGGCCCAUGAGCACCGAUGUGCCCCGCGCCCGGGAGCCGAGAAAAGCCAUGACCUUCAACUUGGGCCCUAUGGGCUCCGGCGAGCUGUUCGCCAAGAGCCGAUGGAGGCAACACACGUGGGAAGGGAUGGACUUCAAGGAGAGCGCCGGGGCCGGCCAGGCCUCCAAGGAGGAGCUGUUCAAGACUGUGCUGCGCCAGCAGGAGCAGCUGCACUCUUUGGAGGUCCACGGGGACUCCCUGGAGACGGACCUGCGGCACUGGGAGCACAGCAGGGUCCCCAGCCAGGAGGACGAGAUCUUCUUCCUGGAGCAGCUGGUGCGGCGCAACGAGACAGAGCUGGGCGAGGAGGAGUUUUGGCAGAGCGAGCUGCGGCUGGAGAAGGAGUGUGAGCGUGAGAGGCAGGAGCGGGUGAGGAGCCUGCGGGCCAGCUUGGAGGACUACACGCAGAGGAUUUAUGAGCUGACUGCCCGCACGGAGGCCCUGCAGAAGGAGAUCCAGUGGGAGAUGGCUGAGAGGGCCAAGAGGGGCAAGGAGACCCCUGGGCCCAGCCCUGCAGAUUUGGAGGACAUGGCUGCUAAAAUGAAGAGGGAUCUGGAGGCCAAGGUCAAGCAGGGCACCCAGCUGGAGAGCAACCUGGCCAGUGUGGAGAAGGCCUUGGAGGAAGCAGAGAGGAACCUGCAGGCCCAGAACCAGGAGCUGGAGGAGCUGAACAAGGAGCUGCGGCAGUGUAACCUGCAGCAGUUCAUUCAGCAGACGGGAGCCACAGUGACGGUGCCGCCGGCCCGGCCGGAGGAGGACGCUGCGCUGGGACACGCCGGCUGCGAGCCCCCGGCCCAGCAGCGACACGGAGGCUUUCUGCCCGCUGGCACCGACUCGCCUUCCCGAGGCAGCACGCAGCAGCUCCUCGGCAAUCCCAGGCACCUGCAGGAGCCCCUGGUGCCCAGCCUGAGCGCCGAGGGUCAUACCAGAUUUUAA